CACAGUCCCACUCCCUUAUCAGUGUUAUCCCCUUCCUCCUUCCUCGCCUCGCCACCCACCACAGAACUCAUGGAAUCCUCCUCCCUCCCGCGCCGCUGCUGAUGCUCCCCUCGCCUCCUCCCCUCUGACACCGCGCCUGCCAAUGGCCUCCGUCCCGUCCCUCGCCGUCUCCGGGGGGGCCGCCGCCGCCUCCUUCCCGGCGGCCGCCGGCGCUGACGCCCGGAGGCCGCCGCCCAGCUCUGUCGCCGUUGCUGACAAGAGCAACUCGAAUGGCAGGAGCAUCCAAGUGGCGCAGAACGGAGGCGGCAUGGAGGCGCCGCUGCGGCCCCUCGAUGUGGAGGAAGCGAUGGGCAUGCUCAGGGAGGCGAAGACGGUGCGGUCGGCGAUGUACGUGCCGCUCCUGCACCGAUGCGUCGAGGCAGGCAGCCUCGGCGACGCCAGGGCCGUGCACGGGCACAUGGUAAAGACGGGGACGGGCGCGGACAUGUUCGUCGCGACGUCUCUGGUCAACGCCUACAUGCGGUGCGGGGCGAGCCGGGACGCGCGCACGCUGUUCGACGGAAUGCCGGAGAAGAACGUUGUGACGUGGACGGCGCUCAUCACGGGGUACACCCUCAACUCGCAGCCGGCGGUGGCGCUGGAGGUGUUCGUCGCGAUGCUGGAUGCCGGGAGGUACCCUUCGCAUUUCACGCUGGGCGCGACGCUGAGUGCUUGCUCUGCUUCGGACAACGUUGGUGUGGGCAAGCAGGUCCAUGGAUAUAUGAUUAAGUACGGUGCUGAAUCCAUCACGAGCAUUGGGAACUCCCUCUGUCGAUUGUAUGCCAAGUCUGGGAGCUUGGAAUCAGCUAUGAGGGCCUUCCAGAGGGUCCCUGACAAGAACGUCAUCACGUGGACAACGAUGAUAUCUGCCUGCGCUGAAGAUGAGAAUUUUGUGGAGCUUGGACUGACACUCUUCCUUGAUAUGCUUAUGGAUGGAGUGAUGCCUAAUGAGUUUACCUUGACGAGUGUCAUGAGCUUGUGUGGUACAAGGCUAGAUCUGAACCUGGGGAAGCAAGUCCAAGCCUUCUGCUUCAAAAUUGGUUGUGAGACGAACCUUCCAGUACAGAACUCAACGAUGUACCUCUAUUUAAGAAAGGGUGAAACCGAGGAGGCCAUGCAUUUGUUUGAAGAGAUGGACGAUGUCAGUAUUAUCACGUGGAAUGCGAUGAUCUCGGGCUAUGCUCAGAUCAUGGAGAUAGCUAAGGAUGAUCUCCAUGCUCGUUCCAGAGGGUUCCAGGCGCUCAAGAUUUUUCGCGACCUCAAGCGGUCUUCAAUGAAGCCAGAUUUGUUCACCUUCUCAAGCAUUCUCUCUGUUUGCAGUGCUAUGAUGGCCUUGGAGCAGGGUGAGCAAAUCCAUGCUCAAACGAUAAAGACUGGUUUCUUGUCAGAUGUUGUGGUUAACAGCGCACUGGUGAACAUGUAUAACAAGUGUGGAUGCAUCGAAGAUGCAACUAAAGCAUUUGUCGAGAUGUCAACACGGACUCUUGUCACAUGGACUUCUAUGAUCUCAGGGUACUCACAGCAUGGCCGGUCCCAGGAAGCGAUUCAACUCUUCGAGGACAUGAGAUUUGCUGGGGUAAAACCAAAUGAAAUCACAUUUGUAAGUGUGCUUUCAGCCUGUAGCUAUGCUGGUUUAGUAGAUGAGGCUGAGCGCUACUUCAACAUGAUGAAGGAAGAGUACAAAAUAGAGCCUGUUGUGGACCACUAUGGCUGCAUGAUUGACAUGUUUGUGCGCCUGGGCCGGUUGGACGAUGCAUUUUCCUUCAUCAAAAGGACGGGUUUUGAACCAAAUGAGGCCAUCUGGUCCAGUUUGGUUGCUGGAUGUCGGAGUCAUGGAAACAUGGAGCUUGCCUUCUAUGCUGCUGAUAGACUGCUCGAGCUCAACCCAAAAGGCAUCGAAACCUAUGUAUUACUGUUGAACAUGUACAUUUCCACUGGGAGGUGGCAUGAUGUGGCAAGAGUACGGAAGCUAAUGAAACAAGAGGAUCUAGGAAUCCUUAGGGAUCGCAGCUGGAUUACGAUCAAAGACAAGGUCUAUUUCUUCAGAGCUAAUGACAAGACUCAUGAACAGAGUGACGACCUGUAUCAACUGCUAGAGAAUCUGCUGGAGAAAGCUAAAACCAUUGGCUAUGAACCUUACCAGAAUGCAGAGUUGUCUGACAGUGAGGAUGACGAGAAGCCUGCUGCAGGUUCCCUAAAGCACCACAGUGAGAGAUUAGCUGUUGCACUGGGUUUGCUCCAAACACCUCCAGGCGCAACAAUUCGCAUCACAAAGAACAUUACUAUGUGCAGGGACUGCCACAGCUCAAUUAAGUUCUUUUCAUUACUUGCAAACAGAGAGAUUGUUGUCCGUGACAGUAAACGCCUUCACAAGUUCAUGGAUGGCCGAUGCUCCUGUGGGGAUUUUAGUUCACUAUUAUGAGCACAAGAACCUGGAAAUUUCAGCAAUAUCCUACUCCCAAGGCUCAAGAUUUUUGUCCUGGGAAUAGGUCACACCCUGCAUGGACUUUUGUUUGAUGCAAGGUACUCUGAGCUGAUCACUCUGCACUCUGCAGUGAGUUUGUAGAUUUUCGUCUGAAAGUAAAUUUUGUUCAGUCAGCAUCUGUAACAUAUGACCCAAAAACUCAGAUCAGAUUUGUCGAAUAUGCCUACACGGUUAGCAAUAUAGGAGGGUGAAUAUCUUUGUAACUGUUGUAAAUGCUGGCCUACUGAUAGGAUCAGAUUUUGCUGUUUGAAUUCACAAUUUUGAGAUUAA